CUCGAUAUAAUAUCUCCCUCUUUUGCGUAGCGCUCUCUCUCCAAGUCAUCGCUUGGUCUCAUCUCUCUCUGAUUCCUUCUCUGAAUCUAAUGGCAUCGGAUCUCGAGAAGAAAGCCAAGGAGGCGUUCGUCGACGACGACUUCGAGCUGGCCGUCGACCUCUACUCUCAGGCGAUCGAGAUGGAUCCUAUGAAUGCUGAUCUAUACGCGGAUCGAGCCCAGGCCAACAUCAAGAUCAACAGCUUCACCGAAGCUGUCGCCGAUGCAAGUAAAGCAAUUGAGCUUGAUCCUUCAAUGUCCAAAGCAUAUUUGCGUAAGGGUACUGCUUGCGUCAAGCUUGAAGAGCAUCAGACUGCGAAGGUAGCUCUUGAAGCAGGCCUGAAAUUGGCACCUGGAGAUCUAAGAUUCACCAAAUUAAUUAAAGAAUGCGAUGAGAAAAUUGCAGAAGAAACCAUGAGCUUUUCGAAGAAAGUGAGCAAUGCCCCCCCUGCUUCAAAUGGAGCUUCUGUGAGUGUUGGGUCCGCACAGGAGUUACCCAAACCAUCUACAGCAGCAGCAGCAGCAGCACCUGCCAAACUGAAAUAUAGACAUGACUACUAUAAUUCUACUACAGAAGUUGUGUUGACUAUAUUUGCUAAAGGUAUCCCUCCUGGAAAUGUAUCAGUAGAUUUUGGCGAACAAACGUUGAGUGUUGUUGUUAACGUUCCUGGUGAAGAACCCUAUCAUUUUCAACCACGAUUAUUUGGAAAGAUUGUACCUGAGAAAUGUAGGUAUCAGGUACUUUCCACCAAAAUUGAAAUUCGCCUUUUCAAAGCUGAAGCCAUCACAUGGACAUCUUUGGAAUUUAGUGACAAGAGAAAUGUUCCACAGAAGAUAAAUGCGGUGUCAGGUCCAAAACAGACGAAACCAUCUUACCCAUCUUCCAAAGCUAAGGUAGAUUGGGACAAGCUGGAGGCGCAAGUUAAGAAGGAGGAGAAAGAAGAGAAGCUUGAUGGCGAUGCAGCGUUGAAUAAGCUGUUCCGUGAUAUUUACCGAGAUGCUGAUGAGGAUACUAGACGUGCCAUGAGCAAAUCCUUUGUGGAGUCCAAUGGCACGGUGCUGUCCACAAACUGGAAAGAUGUGGGGAAAAAGAAAGUGGAAGGCAGCCCGCCUGAAGGAAUGGAGCUGAAGAAGUGGGAGUAUUGAGCUCGUGACUACGCGUUUUGUCGUUCAGAGGAGUUUCACCGCGGUGUAUUGUGGCUGACCUGUUAAUAGUCUUUGAUUUUGUUCUUGGAUUUGUAACUUCUGGUCUGCAGAAUCCCCGUUUCUUUGUCGUCGUCAAUCGUCCGGGCUUUUCGUUUUUUAUGUUGAUUACAGUUCUUAAUUGUAGUUGGAACCUACAGAGGACUGGUCUUAAUUACAUUCUUUGUGUGCUACAUUAAUAGAUUGGUAUAUUUGUAGUUGGAUUCUAUUGGGCGGUGUAUU